AUGAAGUUAGGAGGCCUUAAUACAGUGUACACAGAUGAGAGCCUGAAAGAGGAGAGAGCCCAGUUCCUGAUGAUGGGUGGAGAUGAGGAAUCAGGUGUAGUGAAUAAAUAUGAACUCAGUGGACUUCAGGGCUGGAUCAUUACUCACGUGCUUUGGUUUGCAAAUGCCUAUGACUUCCACUUCUUCUGCCCCACCAUCAUUUUUGACAACUGGAUUCCUCUGCUAUGGUGUGCCAAUAUCCUGCGAUCUCCACUUCCCACAUUUGCAAUGAUGAAAGGCUCCUUCUUCCCUACCAAUGCCAAAGACUGCAAAUUCACUGGCAACUUCUUUUACUACAUGCUGGGCAUUGACUUUAACCCUGGAAUAGGAAGGUGGUUUGAUUUCCAGCUCUCCUUCAAUGGGCGCCCUGGGAUUGUAGCCUGGACUCUCCUUUCCUCUGCUGCCAAAGUACAGGAGCUGCAUGGCCAAGUGACAAACUCCAUGAUCCUUGUCAAUGUCCUUCAGGGUUUGUCUUUGGUUUCCCAGCCUGUCCAACUGGGCACAGCCAAUGCCGUGGGGGUGUUGAUGUUGGGCUGGAUUGGCUACCACAUCUUCCGAGUGACCAAGCACCAGAAGGACCUUUUCCGUCGUACAGAUGGGAACUGCAGGAUCUGGGGGAAGAAAGCCAAGGACAUCGAGUGCUCCUCCAUGUGUGUGGAUGGCACCAAGUAUUCCAGCAAGUUGAUGACCUGGGGAUUUUGGGGGUGGGCUCGUCCUUGCAACUCUGCAGGAGACCUGCUGGGCUCGCUGGCCUAUUGCCUGGCCUGUGGGUUUGCACACAUCUUGCCUUACUUCUGCAUCGUUUCUGUGACCAUUCUGCUCCCCCACUGCUGCAUUAGGGACGAGCACCGUUGUUCCAGCAAAUAUGGGAAGGACUGGAAGCACUACACUACUGCAGUGCCUUACCGGCUCAUCCCUGGGGUGUUUUAAGGCUGACACAGAAUCCAGGGAAAGGAAAAAAGACACUUUUUGGCUUGGUUUUUUCUUUUGUUUGUUUGUUUUUUUUUUUUUGAGGUGAAUAGUUUAUUGACACCGGCAAACUAACACCAAGGUUUUGUGAAGGACACACUCUGUAGUGUUCUGAAGGAGAAAAGGUGGCUGGACAAUUAUCCUUGUUGUAGUGAAGGAACAUGCAGGCAAUGCUGUGCUUAAAGUAAAUGAGUUGAGGCACUGAAAUGCCUCGUUUUUUUAGAAAAGUCUUUUACCUGGAAUUCCCCCCAUACUCCCUCAGCUCCCAAAUGCCCUUGGGGUUGACAAGUUGCAUGUAUCAAGAGUCCUGAAAUCCCCCAGAGCUGGGAGGUGGCCUUACCUUUCCGAGUAGCAGAGCUCUGGAAGCAGUUUCCAGAGACUUAGGAGAGGAGGCAAACAGUUCUGUGAUGUCUUUAUGAAAGAAGUUGUCUGCUGCAGUUGCUUGUGACAGUCAGUAAGAAGCCCAAUUAGUCUGACUCCCAGGUGACAUUCUCAGCUCCUGAGAAUAUGGUACGUGACCAACUGAGUAUUCUUCUGAUGCUGAAACCAAACUUACUUAGUCUGUGUUUUGGUUUUGUUGCAGCACUCCUGGAAAGGAUGGUUUAGGCAGGAGAAAAAGGGGCUCUCCCAACCUAGAAAACAAAUGUAUCUUGUAGCUUGGCUGUGUGUCAGAGCUAGAUCUACUCCCAUGUAUAGAGAUGUCUUUAGUGAAAAUACAGAGCCCAACACCUUUCCAGCUCUCCCAGGGGCAGUGCUUUCAAGGUGCUUGAUUUGAGAGAAGUCAAUCCAGAGGAAGGGAAAACUGAGGGGGGGCUUCUAGGGCUGCUGGACCCCCUCAGUCUCUGAAGUGCUUUAGGCUGCCUUUGGCUUUACUGGAAUAAUUGCAUGUUUUAUUUUCCCAGCUACCCUUAAGGCCCCAUACUUGCAUCCUUUUCCUGUGUAGGCCUGGAAAUUGCACUGGCAGUUUGUUGUUCGUGCCAGGGUUAUUUAAAUCUUUGCAAGGUAGCCUGGACUCUACAUCAUGGGAGCCUUGCACAGCACAGUGUGGUCCCCUCUGUUCCCUGCUCCAUCCUGGGUUAUUAGUGGAAGAAACUGCCCCUUCAAGACCAGUGAAAAAAUCUUCACUUCAAAAAAUUGAUGUAUAUUUUUGGAAGUAUUUUUGAAUGAACGUUUGUCCUGAAAUUUCCUAGUUCUUCAUCCCAUGCUGUCAAUAUCACUGAUCAAGUUUCAAGUUCAGCUCUCAAAUCCCUGUGCUAUGCUGGGAGUUUCAAAUAUAGGAGUGCCAGUGUUUUCAAAUGGUACUUCUAUCAAAGAGAUAUAUGAUGGGAAAAGAGAGCAAAAGCGGCUGGCAAUUCCUUGGAACAGUGACAAAUUAGUUUGGUUGGAUUACUGUAGGAAGAAAAGGGACAUAUGGGAACACUGUUAAUACAAAUGUCUCUAUUGUGAAAAGGGCUUCAAGGCUUUGACUAUUGAAAUAAAAGAAUCGAAUAAACUCAUUUAUUCUUCCAUGACUCAAUUUAGCUAUUUUUCCAGUUAGUAAUCUCCCUUGAAAUGUGAUGUUUUAAGGAUUAGAAGUCAAGAAUAUUUACAGCCCGGUAACAUGAAUGAACUCAGUAAAAGGAAGUUCCUAUACAAGCUAGAGUCUGUCCUUCUUUGACCUGCAGACAAACUUUGUAUGCCAGAAAGCAGGACAGAAAUAGAAAUGACGAGUUUAAUAAAACUUACUAGGAACAGAACAUGGAUAUUUUGCAAUUCCUGGUAAAAACUCUGACUUCCAAGCUGUAUCAAAGGUGUCAUGAAAACUGUAGUUGGCUCGA